UACCCACCUCAUCCAUAAUUUUGCUGCCUUUAACGCAUCUCUCGGGAGGUGAUAGCUAAAAGUCUGGACACAAAUUCAAGAUAACAAUCCCUUUUGCCGGCAAUCCAAUCUCUUCUACAUUAUACCCGAUACACCCUCAGACACAACAUACGAUACCCCACGUCACAAAACCAGGCCCGCCCCGCCAACCCUCCCUCCGCUAUGGAGCAAGAUCAGACCCAGGACCAACAACCCCAGUCCCUCGCCGACUGUUACAGGGAAGCUGAGGUCAGCCGCCUGGCGCUCGAGGGCAGCUUUGAGGCGCAGUCUCCCGAGAAGCGCGAUGCUCUAUCCACCGCCAUCGCCGCCUACCGCGCGUGUCUCGCGCGCAUCUCGGCCGCCUCCGUCUUCAGCCCCAACGAGACGCUCGAGGACGUCAGGACCGAUUACCUCCCGUUCUUGCUGACCGAGCACCACCUGGCAGGCCUUCUACAGAAGCAGCCGACGACGGGCCCGCGCGCCCGCGCCGCCGUGCUCGACGAGAGCCGCGCCUGCUACGAGCGCUUCCUGCACCUCCUCGACGGCUACGAGGCCCUGGGCCAAUCGCAGGCGCGCCUGCUGCACGAGUACGACGGGGCGCCCCGCAUGUUCUCGACGCUGCCGUCGGACCCGGCUCGCCGCCGUGACACCAAGAUCGCCGCGUUCAGGCGGGAGAAGGACCUGCGCGCCAAGCUCGAGGCACUAAAGAGCAGGUCUCGGAGGGCACGGCAGGGCGAGGACGAGGGCGGUGAUGGAGACGACGUCGCGGAGGAGUAUGCGCGACCAGUGUACAUGACACAGCUUGAAAUGGCAGCCGAUGAGGCCCUGCAGGCGCUCGAGAGCAUCAACCGCGAGGAGGAGGUUUUGGCCCAGGCUCCCGAGCCCCUGAUGUCGACAGGGACGACGGUGGAGGAGGACGAAAGGCGGAGGCGAGCUCAAGAGGAUGCUGAUGGCGCCUCGAGGCUUGACCGUCCCUUACGUCGUCUGCAGUCCGCUAUGGGCGGGCCCCUCCUGAACAAGGCUGGAAAGCCGCUUCAGCCCUUCACCAUUGUCGGGAGUCGCGACGAGCUUGCCAAGGGUGUGUUUCGCCCCGGUCAUAAUCUGCCCACGAUGAGCAUAGAUGAGUAUUUGGAGGAGGAGAGGCGACGGGGUGGAAUUAUCGAAGGCGGUGGAGAGGCCAGCGGUCGUAUACCUGAGCCGGAUGAGGAUGAUGAGGAGAAAGCAGACGCGGCAACGUACAAGGCACGACAGUGGGAUGAGUUUACUGAGGCAAACCCCCGUGGGUCAGGAAACACUCUGAACAGGGGUUAAGAAUUUUAUCUGCGAACGCAGCAAUUUGAGAUACUAUGGCUUUUUCUUUUCGUUACAUGAUACCCAUUUCAACUCGAGGUCAGAGCUAUCAGGAGAAGCCAUUAUUCCGUGAAUGCAAGACAAACACGACCCUUCCACUCGCUGUCUCCCUAGCUUUUGGCCUUGAUAUGGCUUUCCUAUCUCGAGAAGGUAUUUAUUUGGUCUGAGCCAGCACAUUGCAGAACAGGAAAUGCUCAAGAUUAACAAAGCCAUACAUUUCGUGAUCUUUUGCACAAGAGCUUGACCGGUUUGUACGAAGAAUGCAGAAAACAAAAAAAAAGCCAAACAAAUAACGCAAAACAAACUUUGUAUGGUAUCAUAAAACUCUGUGUUCUCAUUUCUCCCAUGCAAACAUUUGAU